UCAACUUUUUGGUCUUUUUGGUCGAGCUUCUUUUCCACAAAAUUCUAGAGAAGUUGCUUGUUAAAUUCAGUUUCACUUCAGAAAGAAAUGUCAAUUUUUUAGAUAAUCCCUUGGAUCAUUUCAUCUCUUUGGUGCUAUUGUCAGUCUCCUAUAUUUCAUCUUCAUGAAAUCAUUUUCCCAGUCUGAGCCACUUUUUCUCUGAACGUUUUUUUAUACUUGUGCCAAAUCUCUACAGACUUCUCUGUUUGUUUUCAUUUUCUGCAUUGUUUUACUUGUAAUUAUGUCUUAAACUUUUCCAUUCUCGUCUCCGUUUCUGACCCCCUCUCCCCCUCUUGAACCACAAAAUGCUGUAUGUUCAUUCAGCUAAGUUAAGGCUGUUUCAUGAAUCUUUUGUUUGGAUUUAAACCUUUGUGUGACAGGUUCAUGACAUUUGAUAAUGUUUUUUUUUAUUAUUGAAUGUUAUCUUCUUCAAUAAAAUGAGAACAAAACAUGUGUAAUCAUUUAUUAUGUUAUUUUACCACUUUAUGUAAAGGGAGAAACAUUGUUAAGUAAAGUGAAGUGUUGAUUUUGAGGCAAAUCCACUGUUCGAUGGCGCCACCUUGGCGGAGCACAGUAAAACUGGUAUGAUUUAAUUAACAGUCGACAUGAUUUUAUAUCAGCCAUUUUCAAGGAAGUACAUUUUAACGGUAGUUAGACUAGUCCGCAGAAGGACAAACCACAGAGCAGCACGUAGAAACUACGGAAAAGUAUCAUUUAAAAUUCUAAAAAUGAAUCAUUGUUAUGAAUCUGAACCUAACUGAGACCGUGGGUAUGUGUUUGUUGGUUUUAAAUACGCUGUAAUUCAGUCGUAAUAUCUUUUUGCCGUCGUUCAUCAUGUCAAAUUUAGAUGCUAAGCGGAAAGAAAUCACCGUUAACUUGUCUAAAUUGUUAUUUUCCUAUACUUUCUGUGAGUUCAUGAAUGCAACAGUAGACCCGGUCAAAUCGACUCAACUCUUUGGCGGGUAAUCCACCGGAGAGGGAACCAGCACAGACUGCACUCCAACGGUAGUAAAAAGUUGUUUUUGACGUAUUUAAGUGAUUUCUGAUGAACCCCUUCAUGGCAGCAGUAGUGUGAGAUGUUGGUGGUUCGAGUCCCCUUUGGAAAAGAGAUUCAAUGUCAUGGUUUAGAAGACCGAGAGGCGGUGCUUCAUCCUCAGUGGUUCUGUGCGUAAAGACGCACGGAAUCAACAUUUCUUGACUCCGCCAUGCCUGGUAAUUUUCUGACGCUCUCUGUGUAUCCUUGAAGGUAGCAGAAGACCGGGUCCAACUGGGUCGGACCGGUCGUUGAGUCUGAAAAACCAAUUUAGUCAAUACACCGUUUCUGGCGUUUCCAGCGGAGAAGAAGUGUUGAAGUGACUUCGCCAAAAUUGGUUUUGUGCGUCUUUACGCACAAAACCAUCUAUUUUGUCUGGGCUCCACAGAAGCAGAAAAAGGAAGAAGAUGUUGGCGAGGAAAAGCAUCAUCCCCGAGGAGUUCGCUCUGCCGGGCCUCGCCUCACGGAUGCCCCGCAAGCCCGUGUUUCGGGACCGCGUAAACAAGGCGCGCUUCAUCGCCAAGAACGGUUCGUGUAACCUGGCGCACAAGAAUAUUCGGGAACAGGGCCGGUUUCUUCAGGACGUGUUUACCACGCUGGUGGACCUGAGGUGGCGCUUCACCAUCGUCAUCUUCACCACCACCUUCGUCAGCUCCUGGCUCUUCUUCGCCAUGAACUGGUGGCUCGUGGCCUUCGCUCACGGAGAUUUGGACCAGCGGCAACGGAACGAGACGCACUGCGUCACCAACGUCAAGUCCUUCACCUCAGCUUUCCUGUUCUCCAUCGAGGUCCAGGUCACCAUAGGCUUCGGAGGGAGAAUGAUCACUGAACACUGUCUUACAGCCAUCACUGUCCUGAUCCUGCAGAACAUCGUGGGGCUCAUCAUCAACGCAAUCAUGUUGGGCUGUAUCUUUAUGAAGACCGCGCAGUCAAACCGCCGUGCAGAGACGCUGAUCUUCAGCCGUCACGCUGUCAUCGCCGUCAGAAACAACCACCUGUGCUUCAUGAUUCGCAUCGGUGACCUAAGGAAGAGCAUGAUCAUUGGCGCCACCGUCAGGUUACAGGUAGUAAAAAAGACGACGACACCAGAGGGUGAACUGAUUCCCAUCCAUCAGAUCGAUGUUCCAACAGAGAGCGCCAUCGCAAACAACAGCCUUUUCCUGCUCGCCCCACUCAUUAUCUGCCAUGUCAUUGACAAGCACAGUCCUCUCUACGACCUGUCGGCCAUGGAGCUGCAGUGCAGUGACCUUGAAAUCAUUGUCAUCCUGGAGGGCGUAGUGGAGACAACUGGCAUCACAACCCAGGCCCGCACUUCCUACAUCUCUGAGGAGAUCCAGUGGGGUCACCGGUUUGUUCCCAUAGUGACAGAGGAGGAGGGGGUCUACUCGGUGGACUACUCCAAGUUUGGAAACACGAUGAAGGUAUCAACACCAUUAUGCAGUGCCAGGGAGUUGGACGAGAAGCCAUCCAUCUUAAUCCAGACCCUACAGAAGAGUGAACUGUCCCAUCAGAACUCACUGCGGAAAAGAAACUCCAUGAGACGCAACAACUCUGUGCGUAAAGGCACCGGUGGCAGCAGCGGCAGCCUUCGCAGGAACAACUCCGGACUCGCCAAAGUCCAGUUUUUCUCCCCUUCUGAGGGUGGAGUGCAGAGCAUGAACGCUGUCACCUGACAUGAGGCCUGCCCCCUGUUGGCCACACUGCUCCUCCUGGUGGGACGGAGGGUGGCAGGUGUCGUGGUCCUGUCUCCUGCUCUGAUUGGACUGGUUCUGUUCAUUUUCUCUGCCACUUCCCGACUCUUUAAAAGGCACUUUGAUGGCUGACGUUUGUCUGAGACGUUUGUAACGAUUCAUUUGCUAACACAUGCAGUCAGUACGGUGGACACUGUGAUUGUUUUACUAUUUUAAACAAUCUAGUUUUUCUCACAGUCUGGUCCAAGACAUCACAAAUAUUGACAAAAUGUUAAUUUAACCAUUUGGCCCCUACCAAGAAGUCUAUAGUAUAGUAAUAGUAAUAGUGUAACUUAUUAUUUUCCCUUUGACAAUAAUUCUAAAAUAAGCAAUAAUUCAGGCAUGAUGUUUUUCUUGAAGAUGUUGGUUAAAAAUAUCUUUUCAAAAUAAAAGACAGCAGCGUAGGUUUAUUUCUUGGACGACCUCACCGGAUUCCUUUAUAUUAUGUCUAUAUGUGCAGGGGUUUGGAAGACACUGAUUAAAUCACACAUUUUCCUCAAAGAAUCUAAAUGUGUAAAGCACUUAACUUUAUUAAAACAUUGACUUGAAUAAUUAAAAAAUAAAGGCAAAUCAUCAGU